AUGGCAUCUUUUCCUCUUGCUUCGACUGAUGGGUUUUUGAUUGCCCAAGAAAAAUGUAAAGUUUAUGUUGGAAAUUUCAAAUUAUUGGACAGACAGAGAGCUAUAUCAUGUUCACUGCCCAAGAACUGCUUUAGUUCAGUCUCUAAGCCUUUAUUGGGGCUGAAUUAUAGUUGUAAAUAUCACAAUAGGUUUUUAUGUGGUAAAAGGAUUAGGUCAAUAGCUAAUGAGAGCAGAAAUCUAGAUACCCAUCUGGUAAAAGGAGAAAAUAAUGAGAUAAGAAAGAAGUUCUCAUUGAGAUUGCGUCCAAGGUUACGAUUAUUGUCAAGAAGACUGAAGAGGGUUUCGAUCAGGUUGGUGUUAAAUGGCAUAAGAACAUUCCUGCUCAAGAAUGUCAAAAGAUUGACUCUACCCACUUCUGUAUCUAUUGUACUAGGAUUUUGCUUUCUUUUUCUCAAAUUAACUGCAAUGCCGAUACCAAAAGCUGUUCCAUAUUCAGAUCUCAUAACUAGCCUCCAAAGUGGAAAUGUGACAAAGGUUUUGUUCGAGGAGGGUACUCGCCGUAUAUAUUAUAAUACAAACCUGUGGCGUGCUAAAGAUGCUCAAACAGUGGACGAUAAAUCAACUCCAUAUAGUGAAACUGGAGCUGAGAUUGAUGCAAACUAUGGCAUUGCUCAUCAUAACCAAGAGGGAAAAAAUGUGCUAAGGAAAUUGACAAAGUCUAAAACUUCGGCCCCUGCUUGGGAGUUCUCCACAAGAAAGAUUGAUCACGAUGAAAGUUAUCUUCUUAGUCUGAUGAGGGAAAAGGGGACAGCAUAUGGCUCAGCACCUCAAUCAGUUCUAAUGUCUAUGAGAAAUAUGUUGAUUACAGUGCUAUCUUUAUGGAUUCCUUUGACUCCUUUAAUGUGGCUUCUUUACCGUCAACUUUCUGCCGCCAAUAGUCCAGCCAGAAAAAGAAAACCUAGCAACCAGUUGGUUUGCUUUGAUGAUGUGGAUGGUGUUGAUGCUGCAAAAGUGGAGCUUAUGGAGAUAGUGUGUUGCCUUCAAGGAUCUAUUAAUUACAGUAAGCUGGGGGCCAAGAUACCUAGAGGCGUGCUGCUUGUAGGUCCUCCAGGAACAGGAAAAACAUUACUAGCCCGUGCAGUGGCUGGAGAAGCAGGUGUACCAUUUUUUUCAGUUUCUGCCAGUGAAUUUGUAGAGUUAUUUGUUGGAAGAGGAGCUGCUCGCAUAAGAGACCUUUUUAGUGUUGCUAGAAAGAAUGCACCAUCGAUUAUUUUUAUUGAUGAGCUUGAUGCUGUCGGCGGAAAGCGUGGUAGGAGUUUCAAUGAUGAGAGAGACCAAACACUGAAUCAGUUGCUGACAGAAAUGGAUGGCUUUGAGUCGGACAUAGAUGUUGUUGUCAUUGCUGCAACAAAUAGACCAGAUGCCUUGGAUCCAGCUCUAUGUCGGCCUGGUCGUUUUUCUAGGAAAGUAUACGUGGGAGAACCGGAUGAAGUUGGAAGGAGAAAGAUUUUGGCUAUACAUUUUAAAGGAGUUCCACUUGAGGAGGACAUGUACCUCGUUUGCAACCUAGUUGCAUCUCUAACUCAAGGCCUUGUCGGGGCUGAUCUGGCAAACAUAGUCAAUGAGGCUGCACUUCUUGCUGCUCGAAGAGGCGCCGAAUGUGUCUCGAGGGAAGAUAUAAUGGAAGCUAUAGAAAGAGCCAAGUUUGGAAUAAAUGAGAGACAGACAGGUCGCACAAUAAAGAUGGAACUCGGGAAGCUGUUUCCUUGGAUUCCUUCUCUGAUGGGUAGAAAUGAUACUGAACAAGAUGGAAAGCAAGGUCCUCUAGGCUAUCAAACUCUAAGCUAA